AUGGUCGAGUUGAGUGGACAGACGGUAACUUUCUUUGGUCUAGCAGCACUCGUGUUUGUAAGUUAUUGUAUUUACUUCGAUCACAAACGGCGCACAGAUCCACAGUACAAGCGGCUUGUGCACGAACGACGCCAGCGCCGACUGCAAAAAAACACCCUACGUAAGUCCCCGCUGAGCGCUGAGGUGGUCGAAUACUUUUUGCGGCAGGUGUAUCUGGGAGAGACCUGCGUACGCAGCAAGGAUUGGGACAGUGCUGUCCACUAUUUCGUCAACGCGAUCACGUUAUGUGCCGAUCCGAACAUAUUGCUAUGCAAACUGCAAACGGCGGUGCCUGUCGAGCUCUAUGAUAAUAUCAUAGCCAAAGUUCGCCUGCUUGUCAGCACGUCCGACCAACAACCACGGGGCCAGCUCUCGAGCUCAGCAAGUCACGCGGAAUCAACAGAGUCCUGCCGGACGUGUGCCACAUGUUCGAGCGAGCUCCACUCAGAUUAG